UCUUUCAGCAGAAGUCAAAAAUGAUGAAAUAAUUGUUAUGAGAUCAAUGUUUGGCCGGAGUCAUUCAGCUUCUCCAUGGUUUAUUUGUCGCGAAGUGCUGUGGAUGUCGCAUGGAUGUCACUAAAGCAGGAACUAAACGAGGACGAAGUCCAUUUUCUAAAUCGAGCCUUUGAAAUAGCUGUAGAUGCGGUUCUUAAUAAUGAGGUUCCUGUGGGUUGUGUUUUUGUUUUCGAAGGUCAGGAAGUGGCAUUUGGACGGAAUGACGUAAAUCGUACGAAAAACCCCACGUAUCAUGCAGAAAUGGUUGCUCUUGAAAUGAUGAAACAAUGGUGCAUGGAUAACGGACAUGAGUUGGAGGACGUAAUGCGGCGCUCGACUCUAUAUGUUACACUUGAACCGUGUAUUAUGUGUGCAUCAGCACUGUAUCAUUUGCGCUUGAAAAAGAUCUUGUAUGGUGCAGCGAAUGAACGUUUCGGUGGUUUACUUAGUGUUGGAACAAGGGAGAAAUAUGGAGCGGAGCAUUUCAUCGAAAUUUUACCAAAUCUUAGUGUUGAUCGAGCUGUAAAAUUAUUGAAAGAAUUUUAUGAGAAGCAAAAUCCGUUCUGUCCAGAAGAGAAGCGAAAAAUGAAAAAACCAAUGAAAUCAGGAGAUAAUGGUGAUAAUUGUCAUGUUGUUGCGCUUCUAGAUGUUUGA